UUAACUAAAUGCGGGAGCGACAUUGCAACUUCCCUUUUGAGUUGGCCCAGUUGGUUUCACCGUGACGUUUAGCACCCAGCAGUCCGUCAAGCUGAGCAGUUUCUCAAAAUGAAGUUUGUUCGUUUUGCUUAGGGCGAAAUGAAGUGACUUCCGGGGAAGAAGACAGUCAUUCAGCUCGCUUGGGGUCGCUUUCGGCAGCAAUAAUGCCUGUGUUGGUGGGGAGAAGACAUGGAGGAGCCAACAGAAAUCUGCUCUAUCCGCUCGCUGUUGUGUUGUUGCUGUCGGUCGGAGUUGCUGCCAUACAGGAAGAGCAGAAGACAAUACAGGAGCAGCCCCAACAGGAGAAAGCCUCCAGUCCCCAUCCAGUAGGGCCGAUCGUUACCGUGGAUGGCUCCAGGAAAGGGAACCUGGGUUUUAUCCAUGCCUUUGUGGCUUCUUUCUCCGUCAUCAUCGUCUCAGAGUUGGGAGACAAGACGUUUUUCAUUGCAGCCAUCAUGGCCAUGCGUUAUAACCGUCUCACAGUGCUGGCAGGUGCAAUGCUGGCUCUGGGGAUUAUGACUUGUCUUUCAGUACUGUUCGGCUAUGCCACCACAAUCAUCCCUCGAAUCUACACAUACUAUGUGUCCACUGCGCUGUUUGCCAUCUUUGGGGUGCGCAUGUUGAGAGAGGGGCUGAAAAUGAGCCCAGAUGAAGGGCAGGAAGAACUCGAGGAGGUGCAAGCAGAGAUCAAGAAGAAAGAUGAGGAACUCCAGCGCUCAAAGCUGCUCAAUGGCACUGCAGAUGUGGAGGCGGGAACAGGAACCACCCUACCACAGUCAAAGUGGCACACACUAAUUUCACCAAUCUUCAUCCAAGCCUUCACUCUUACCUUCCUGGCAGAGUGGGGGGACCGUUCACAGCUGACCACCAUUAUCCUGGCUGCCAGAGAGAAUCCAUUUGGAGUUGCAGUAGGUGGCACAAUUGGGCACUGUUUGUGUACAGGACUGGCUGUGAUUGGAGGAAGAAUGAUUGCUCAGAAAAUAUCCGUGAGGACAGUCACAAUCAUUGGAGGGAUUGUCUUUCUGGCAUUUGCCUUAUCUGCUCUGUUCAUCAAGCCAGAAGCUGGACUUUAAUUGGUGGAAAAGAGAAACAGUUUGUUAUGUAAAUAAGUGUUAGACAUGGCCAAUUUGCUGUAAAGAGACUUUAGAGAGACUUCAGGUGUCUGAUUGCAUUUUCCCACAGGUUCAAACAUGUACACAUCACACUGAUGGAAGGUGCAGCUGCUCAGUUUCAACAAUGUGUUUCACUUCAAUUAAAACGUUCUGGAUUCAUCUUGGAACAGAAAUCUUCUUGAAGCAUUUAUUAAGCGUAACAAAAACACUUAGUUACUGCGGCUGGUGGAACAGGCUGCAGCCUGAAGAGGAAGAGUAGCUGUGCUCUCUGUAAGAGCUUUAUUCACAUCACAUGGAGAAACACUUUGUUGAAGCUGAUGGAGGACCUCCAACUUUCUACCCUGUCUUUCAAACUGAACCUGACAUGCAAUACUCCCUCUACUUUGUAGUCUCAUUAUAGACACUUACAUCUUUGAAUUGCAUGGUACAGUACAGACCUAGUGAAUCUCCUGUACCUUUCAUUCAUGAGUACCUUGUUUCGGUCAACUGUAACAGUAAACAAGUUGCUGAGUGUUGGUAUCAACGGUACUUAUCUAGAAUAGGCCAGCCGUACUGUACCGUGUUAUGCAAGAAGCCUCAAGUCUGUUGAGCAUAAACUCUUUGGUUUUUAAAUGUGAAGGAAAUUUUUAUGUUUAAUAUGAGCCUCUAUUAUUGACAGAUCUACCAGCUGCCUCGUCUGCAUCAGUCAGUUAGACUUGCUCUUAUAUUUCUAGCUUCCACUAAAAUGUCUUUUUUUUCCCUCUAUGCAUUAAAAUCGAACCCGCUGCCAAGAAUACCGUGGCAGUAGAACAAAGGCACAUAUUGAUGCCUGUUCCAAUUUUAAAUGUUUUAUUUGUUGCAAAAUCUGGAAGUCUGUCAUAGGUCUACGUAUAGAGAAAUACCUAAACCACUUUAAUACCUCUGUAUCAUGUAAGCACAGUUUUUGUAAAGUUUUUACAUAUUGGUUUUAUUUCAAACAAAAAAAAACUUUUCACACACUCUUCUUCAGGUAUGUUUUAUUUCUGAAUAGCUCCCAGUGCAGAUGAUCAAAAUGAGCUGUUCAUAAUGAGGAAUGGCCAGUCAUCAACCUCCUCAGUUUGACCAUUUCUUGUUUGUAUCACGCUCCAAAUCAUAAAGUCAGUUUAAUGCCGAUGAGAAACAAACACAUCAGGUAAAGGAUCAGUGACUCACCACUUCUUAAAAACCUUAUUUAAAGUCGUGUAUUUAUUUAGCUUCAUUUCUUUUCGUCAUGUAGACAGUGGUAGAGGUUUCUGUAAGUGGGGUGUGAUUUUCUUUUUGUUUGUUUUUUUUGUUUGUUUUUAAUGAAUGGACUUCAGUUGUGCUGUCAGUAUUUGACAGGCUGUACCGACCUGUGAAAUACACCUUUGUUUGAUUUAAAGAAAUGUCUAUAAACCUAGGAAGAUUAAUAAAAUGCUACUUGUCUCA